GUCGCUCAGCCCGUGCAGGUGUGUAACGAAGGCGAAAACCAAAAGCCAGAACGGCUUUCGCACACGGGUACCGUGUACAGCGGCCGCGAUAUUCAGCGGAAUCAUGGCCCUGCCGGAGCCUAGCGGGCGCCCCCGCCUGCAGGAGUAGCUGAGUCGGGGGCCGUGUUGGGGCCGGGCGGACUGCGGACCACCGCGAUGAACAACGCCCCGCCGGUCCAGAUCGUCCAGAUGAACGGUGGGAGCACGACGGGGACGGGCGUGCCCGGGGGGCCGCCGCCGCCCCCCAUGAUCCCCUCGCCCGCCGCGCCGCAGGGUGUUCCCCAGGGCGUUCCCCAGGGCGUUCCUCAGGGUGUUACCCAAGGCGUGCCCCAGGUGAUGGCCCCGGGCGGCGGCGAGGUGCCUCACAUGACGGCGCACAUCCCCACGGCGCGCGUGGACGCCGCCCCGCACGCCCCGCACGCCCACCUCAACGGCGGCGUGAAGCGCGCCGUGCCGCCGCCCAUCAGGACGGUGUCGCUCAAGAAGCCCAUGGCCAGCGCCAAGGCCGCCCCCGGGACGCCGCCGUCGCGACGGAGCAGCACCGACGAGCACACGCCGCGCUGCACGCCGGGGAGCUUCGCCCUGGACCUGCUCAAGAAUCUGGGAGUGUGCCUGCUGGUGGUGCUGUACCUCAUGUUCGGCGCCUUCGUGUUCCUCGCGCUCAACGAGGACCUCUGGGACCCCCACGUCAUCCCCGUGGUGUCCGGCUCGGCCGUGAGCGGCAAUGGGAGCGUGCAGGGCGUCGCCGUGGCCGAGGAGCACCUGACGCCGCUGCAGGUGGCCAUCCAAGAGUCGCGCACGCGCACCAUCGAGCGCAUCUGGGACAUCACGGUGAACCUCAACAUCCUGUACCGCGACAACUGGACGGAGCUGGCGGGUCGCGAGAUCGAGCGCUUCCAGCACCAGGUCGUGGAGCAGCUGGCCGAGGAGAUGCGCCAGAGCCGCCGCGAGAAGCGCCACGCGGACGGCGCCAUGGGGGCGGCCAUGGGGGUGGCCUUCCCGCUGCAGGCGCCGCCGUCGUCCGUCAUGGUGCAGCGGCCGCGCGUCAAGCCCGUCUUCCACCACCACUCCGUGCGCUGGAACUUCGCCCAGGCCUUCCUCUUCUCGCUCACCGUCAUCACCACCAUCGGCUACGGCAGCUUCACGCCGCUCACGCAGGUGGGCAAGGGCGUGACCAUGGUGUACGCGUCCCUGGGCAUCCCGCUGAUGCUACUGUACCUGUCCGCGGUGGGCGGGCUGCUGGCGCGGUGCGCGCGCGGCGUGUUCACCCGGGCCGUGUGCUGCUGCCUGUGCUCCAAGUGCGGCUACUGCUGCUACGACGAGGAGCGCAUGCUGGAGCGGGAGCGGCGGCUGCGGCGGCAGCGCGAGCAGCAGAUGCACCAGCAGCAGCAGCAGCAGAUGCUGUUCUCGACGCCGUACUUCGUCCGCGGCAUGGACCCGCGCUACCCCGGCGGCCACACCUGCGGCCGGCGCGGCCAGGGCGGCUCCGGGUCCCGCAGGCCGUUCUCCGGGUCGGUGCUGGCGCCCGUGCUGCUCUGCGGCUCCAUCAUGCUCAUCUACGUCCUGGGCGGCGCCGUCACGCUCUGGGUCAUGCAGGCCUUCCACUUCCUGGACAGCGCCUUCUUCUGCUUCAUGAGCCUCACCACCAUCGGCUUCGGCAACCUGGUGCCCGGCGCGGGCAUGGGGCCCGUGGGGCCCGUGGGGCCCGCGCCCCGAGGCAGCCGCCACAACGCCGACGUGGUGCUGUGGUUCUGCUCCGGGUACAUCCUCAUCGGCAUGGCGCUCACCACCAUGUGCUGCAACGUGGUGUACACCGUGCUGCUGCACGCCAUCAGACACGCCAGCCGCCAGGUCGUGGCGCAGCGCAACACCAAGCACAUCAAGUGCUAGGCUGCCAGGCCCAGGCCGUUGUGCUGCGGUUCACUGGGAUUGGAGACUGAGGUGCGCGGACGGCGGAACGAAACGGAACGGAACGCACACCGGGACAGGGAUCGCGCAAUGGACGGAAACGAGAAUGUUUCCUCGUUGAAACGGCGUCUAAAAACCCUGUUUGAGGGGUUUUGAAUUGGUUUUUAAGAGCCGAAGGUCCUUUAUUAAGUUUUAAUUGUUCGUUAGGAAUCUAGGCGUAUCAUUAAAUGCGUAGACUCAUCAAGGACUCUGACAGGACACUGAGGCUGCAGCGGAGGCACAGCUCAGACAGGCUCAAUUGGACGAGGAAAUCGCGAGAAAUCCAGCGGAGGCUCCAAAUGACUAUCAGGAUUAUCAAUAUGAUUAAGAUUUACUUAAAACGAUCUCUUUCACUUCUUGUAGUAGUUACUUUUUGUAAGAGUUAUAAGGUAGCAGUGCCUAGGUAUUUCAACUUUUCCCAUGGAAUUCCGAAUACGAAAGCUCACGGUGCUGCCGAAAUAAUAUCAGGUAAAAUAUCUCAUCGUUCCAAACUUUCGUCUUCCAAUCGUGAACAUUUACUCACUCAAUGCUAACAGCGUGUCCGUUUCUGUGAGUGUCAAAAGAGGGGAAUGAUUGUCUUAAGGUCAUAACAUGUGUAAUUUUUAUUUGACUGUUGGUUGAAGAGUGAAAAUAAAUGUUGUAGUUUUGUUUAUGAAACGCUGCAGUCUUUCAUGACAUUGCCUUGGACCGUAAAAUUAAAACUAUGGGCUGUGCCCAAAUCCUUGUUUCGGCGGGUCCCAGGGAGAGGGAGGACUCUAGUUUCGGCGAGCGAAAAGGGCGGCAAACGACGAACAAAAGAACACGGAAACAGACGAACGAUGGCCGGCAUUACCAACAACAAAAAACGAAACAAAGCA